UCAGUAUGGGUGGCUGCAGAGAUAGAGCAACUCAUGCAAGACUGUGUGCUUCCUCUUACUUCCUGUAAACUAGCAAGGCAGAAGAAGUAAACCGCUUUUAUUGUUCGAACUCAUUUUCACUUUCUCGACUGUAAUGUUUUCUCAGACUCUUUUUUCAGCACUAUUUUCUCUUCCAGGACUCACAUGAAACAGCUGUCUGAAGAUCAGCACAUGUGUGCUCUUAAAGCAGAACAACCUUAAAGUAACUCAGAUAUACAUGUCAUAAAGCUGCCAUAGAGCAUCAACUGCUGUAACACAACCAAGCACUAGACUUCAUCCAAAGAGGACAGGAUGAUCACUCUUGAUGGCAAAAUAAGUCAACAGUGUGACUAUGAUUUAAAAUUGGAACAACGUGCUGUAAAGCACAGAAAUCUUGGCAAUCGAAACAAUGUGACAACAUGUCGAAGUCCAACCAGAGACGUGGAUACGAAAUGGAUUAAGAAUGAAUUACACCGCAAAAGGCAGGACGAAUUUUCGAAGAGACGACCAGCUGACUGCAAUGUUAGAACGCCGUUAUCUUCACAGUCAAGACGUUAUUAUGCACAAAAGGAAGAUCGUGUGACGCAAAUGUCUACGCCUUACAGGCAUUCAAACAUCAGUCCAAUCAAACAGCUAGUGUUCACUGCUUCACCCAAAAAUGAAAAUGCACUGAAGCAUGAGAGUGCUGCAGCUGUGCUCGAGUCACUUCUUCAGAGAGAAAAAGCAAAGCAAGAACGAGCUCUCCUUAGGGACAUCACUCAGCAGACAAACAACCACAGGACACUAUACACUGCUAGUGUGCAGACUGAAUCAGGCAAUUCAACUAUUGAAGAUGAGGAUAUUCAGCAGUUGGCGACUUAUUUAGAGGAGGCGUUGUAUAGAGAGGAAGUUCUGAAAAAGAAGCUGACUGCCCUACAGAGGAGUACAUCAACCCUGCUGCAUGCCACUGAGCUGAUGUGGAAGUCUCGCUGCGAUGAAGAUCUGCUAAAGAACAAGAUCAAGACACUGGAGGCUCAACUACAGUUGUCUAUGAAGGGGGUUCCUCAGGAUGGACUAAAAAAGGUGGUAUUAAUGAUGGAAAACCAGAAAGAGGAGUAUGAAAAAAAGGCUUUGGAGGCUAUCCAGAAAGCCACAGAGGAGAAUUCAGAGGCACAGGCCAAACUGCAGAACCUACAGGAGGCACUGCAGGUGGCCCAGGCAGAGUCAGUGCGAUGGCAGAAGCUGUUUGAGGACCUGAGAGAGAACUACAUAUUGAUGAGGAAGAAUCAGGAUCAGUGCAAUGAUCAGCUCCAACAGAUACAGAAUCAGCUUCAGAGAUCCAGGGAGCAGGAGGAGUCGCUUAGGCAUCAGUGUAAUAUUCUGCAGCAGGACAAGGCAGAGUUCCACUCUGAUAACCUUCUCCUGGAGCAGGACAACCAGAUCCUGCGAGAACAGCUAGAAAAAUUCAUAGACAGUCAUGAAUCCUGGAACAAUAUUACAGAAGAUCACAAGCAGGGACUCCAGUCCUACCAGUUCGCUGAGACGGAUACCAGCGUCAUUAAGCAGCUGCAUCAGACCGAGCAAAAACUCAGCUUAAAGGACAAGGAAUGCGUAGAGCUGAAGGCUGAGCUGGAGAUCCUGGAGCAGGAGUGCUACAGCUAUCAGAUUCGUCUGGCUCAGUGUCGGGAAGAGCUGAAUACACUAAGCGCUCGCAACAGCAGAAGCACACGAAAGAGCCGUUUCUGUAGCACGCUAUGUCUUAUUCUGUUCUUCAUGCUGAUGGUAGUUGCAGUAAUGGUUGGAGUCUGGAUCUAUCGUCCAUCAGUCAGGGAGCAGCUUCGUGACUUUUACUUUGCAGUGGAGAAGAGAGUGGAGGACUAUCUAAUGCAGGCAGCAACCUCACAGCAUGCAGGCUGCUUAAGACCUGUUUGAGCAUCAUAUUUAUUGGGUGUAUAUCAGAUAUUUAUAUAACAUAUAUUUAUUAUGAUAUGAGCCAUACACCAUAAAUAAUUCUAGUAAAAUAUUGCACAGUGUGUGUAGUACGUACAAUCGGAAGAAUUGGAAGUUAUGUUUUAUCCAUAUUUCAAUCAACUUAGGUCAUUUUCUAGAUUUGUUCAAAAUUUUAAAAUGUUAUCCUUGAAAUGAUUCAGUGUGGCCACAUGUCUUUCCUACAUAAUAAGGGUUUACUUUGUAUUCCUGCUUUUCCUUAUUUUUAUCUGAAAGUUCUAGGAGUAAAUGCCUUGUGCAAUCUCAAAAUACUAUUGUUACAAUUGAAAUGUAUAGACUUUUGGUUGAUUCAUAUCUAAAGACUUGAAUAAAAGCUGUGCA